CCGACGCUCCCGCGGGGGACUGUCGGCUGCCCCUGAGGACUAGUGACAGAGCCCGGUGCGACGCGUGUCCUUGGGCUGGGUGCCAUGGACGCCUUCAUCCGCUUCACCAAUCAGACCCAGGGCCGGGACCGACUCUUCAGAGCCGCUCAGUACACAUGCAUGUUGCUUAGAUAUUUGUUAGAGCCUAAAGCUGACAAUGAGAAGGUUGUAAUGAAGCUCAAGAAACUGGAAUCCAGUGUGAGCACUGGCCGUAAAUGGUUCAGACUAGGCAAUGUGGUGCAUGCUCUCCAGGCGACACAGCAGAGCAUUCGUGCCACUGACCUGGUGCCCCGCGUAUGCCUAACAUUAGCCAGCUUGAACCGUGUGAUGUAUUUCAUCUGUGACACCGUCCUCUUCGUGAGGAGUACAGGGCUCGCCUCUGGUGUUAACAAAGAGAAAUGGCGAAGGUGGGCUGCCCGCUAUUACUACUAUUCUCUUCUGCUGAGCCUGGUCAGGGAUGUCUAUGAAGUCUCCCUGCAGAUGAAACAGGUUGCACACGACAGGGCAAAGAGGGAGAAGUCAGCAUCCCAGGAUACCCUCAGGUACAGUGUGGCUGACGAGGAGACAGAGUGGCUCCAGUCCCUUCUUCUUCUCUUAUUCCACUCUCUGAAGAGGCAUCCUCCCUUGUUUCUGGACACAGUGAAGAACUUCUGUGACAUCCUGAACCCCUUGGACCAGUUGGGGAUCUAUAAGUCCAAUCCUGGCAUCAUAGGCCUCGGAGGCCUCGUGUCCUCUGUAGCAGGCAUCAUCACUGUGGCGUAUCCUCAGAUGAAACUGAAGACCCAUUGACAUGGUUUCAGGCUGAAGACAAGUAUCUGCUUUGAAGACAAGCUGUAAGUGAAAUGGACAUUUGCACUAGGCACAGCCGUGUCAUACUGUGCUUGAGGACUUAUUCACAUGAACAUUUAGUGACUGUGAUGUGAACAGAGGUGGGGCCAAGGAUGGUGAAGGGGAGAGCUUGAAGAUUUAUGUGUUUUCUAGAGUGUGGG